UGACGCGGCGAUGGAGACGGCUCGGGUGGAAAUAUCCCGCUGCAUCAACGGCCUGGGGUUGCGCUCCAAGGCCAAGGAGUCGCGCGACGACCGCGCCGCCACACAGGCCAGCCUGGAGCGGCACAUGUCGGCGGCCGGUGUGAAGCGCGGCAGUGUCAUGGAGAAGGUGGCCACCGUGUUCUGCGGCAGCGGCGCGGCGCGGCAGGCGCGCGCCGGCGUCCCGCCGCCGCCCCCUCCGCCGCCGCCGCCGCGAGACAAGCCCACGCCGCCGGAGAAGCCGUCGCGGUUUUCUUUUCAGAAAAUGCGGAACGGGAUGUACCCGUCUCUGCACGGAGCCGGCGGCCGGAGGAGCCCGCGGCCGCCGGCGAGCAGCGGCCGGCGCCGCCAGCUGCGCGCGCCAGUCAUGAGCUGGACGGCGCUGUGGCAGCACGAGCCGUUUCUGGAGCGGUUCUUCCAACUGUUCUCUGGCGCCGAGGUGUGCGCGCUGGCGCAGGUGUGCCGCGUGUGGCGCGACGUGCUGUACCAGCCGCGCUUUUGGCGCGCCAUUCGGCCGGUGCUCAAUUGCCGCGACAUCCGCGAGUCGAGCGCGGGCGAGCCGGGCGCGGCGCGGCGCCGCUACCUGCACUCACUGCAGGUGCGCGCCUGUGACUCGCUGGCGCUGCUACACGCCUCGGACGAGGACCUGUGCGAUCUGACGCACGGCUUCCCGGCGGCGGCCAAGUGUGUGCGCUCGCUGUCGCUGCAGUGCUGCCGGGUCUCCGACAAGGGCCUGGAGCAGACGUUGGACCAGCUGCACGGGCUGCAGCAGCUCGAGCUGUCCGGCUGCAACGAGGUGACGGACGCCGGCCUGUGGGCCUGCCUCAGCGCGCGCAUCGUCUCGCUCUCCGUCUCCGACUGCAUCAACGUGGCCGACGAGAGCGUGGCGGCGGUGGCGCAGCUGCUGCCGUCCCUCUGCGAGUUCAGCCUGCAGGCCUACCACGUCAGCGACGCGGCGCUCUCCUACUUCAGCAGCCAGCAGAGCGCCGCGCUCACCGUGCUGCGGCUGCACUCCUGCUGGGAGCUCACCAACCACGCCGUCCUCAACAUCGUUCAUAGUCUACCGAACCUCAGUGUACUCAGCCUGUCAGGCUGCUCUAAAAUCACCGAUGAGGGCAUCGAAGUCAUAGCGGAAAACCUGAAAGGUCUGCGCAGCCUGGACCUGAGCUGGUGCACACGGGUCACCGAUGCCGCUCUCGAGUACAUCGCCUGCGACCUGGCCCACUUGGAGGAGCUGGUGCUCGACAGGUGA